GGCAACAAAUCAUUUGGAGCCCAGUCAUCGGCACAAAUCGACGCAUCCCGGAACCGAAUCGCGUUGGGUGUUGGGCUCAGUUACAGAAUUAGAGAAGAUUUACAAGUUUGAUGUGUGAUCAUGAUUGCUAACUUAGUUCCCAGUGAGAGCUCGAACCUGGCGGCAGUCGAUUAUCAACUUCCAUUGGACAGUAUCGAUCGGCAUUUUUGGGGGAACCUUAAGUUUUCUAAGCAUCACAAGAAAUUUCCCUACGAGAUGUAUCCUCCGGUGAGUCCGUACUCUUCGCCUUAUGGUCCAAAUGUGGAAAGUGAUUACACUAGUAACCGACAUUCGUAUCAGCCUUAUGCUGCAGCCGAUAGUUCCGGACAUCACGGAUUAGCUACCAGCAUCGUCGGAAGCUACGAUCAUUAUGGCCAUUCAGAUGCCGGAGCUUACGAGUAUCAUCCGCCGGCAGUUCAUCACGCAGCUCCCCAGCACUAUCAUCACCAUGUCCAGCCGAUCUACAUCCACGAGCACAAGUCCGAACACAAGGAGAAGGAAAAGGAAAAGGAAAAGGAAAAGGAGGAGAAGGAGAAGGAGGAAGAGAAGGAAGAAAAAGAGGAAAAGAAAAAGAAGAAGGGUAAGGGAGCGGCCUUAUCCGCUCUAACUCUACUGGCGUUCCUGUACUUCCUGAACCUUCUGCAGACUUGUCUACGAGAGCAUAUGACCGCGAUCAACCCUACGAUUAUGGUGAUGACGGCAGGAGUAACCCGCCGAAAGGACUCCGGAGACAUUGUCCUGAGUGAUGGAAGUCCCCAAAACGAUGACACCAUCGGGCAGUACGACGUCCCGGGUGAGGAAGUGGAUGAGGAACCAGUUCCGGUGGUAACCAGUAGAAACCCUCCACAACAGCCAGCGGAAGUGAUCCAGGACGUCAACGGAAAUCGGUACUAUCUGUUAGCAUCCAGCCGUGGCAAUCAAUCGAUUCGGCAGCAGGGAGGAACCAGCUUUUUCGGGACGACUUCGCGGAACAAGAUCUAUAAAAUAGCGACCCCGGGAACUAGUAGUAGCAGCAGCAGCAACAGACCAUGGAAUCGUGGCAGUGAGUCAGAUAUCGUCUAUGAUCAGUACUGAUCAAAACGGUGAGAAAAAAAAAAGUGAGAAUCCUUGAAGAUGGUUCAGUUAGAUUUCGAAACGAUGUUAUUAACAUUUUUAA